UUUGGUCUACUUUUACUUUUUUAAAUCCAUACCAUUUUCCUGCACUGUGGAAUAACCAUGCUGGGCAUGAUCUGGGUUCGUGCCUGCUCCGCUCUGGUGGGCUUUCGGGCUCCCACAUGUGUCCGAUCUCUUCACUCUUUCCCUGGGAUCACUGUGGCUCAGAUUGAUGAAGAGGUAGCUAAACUGCUGGAACUAAAGGCUCGGUUAGGAGAUGAUGGCAAAACCCAAUUUGUCCUUAAAACACCAAAGGGAACGAGAGACUACAACCCCAAACAGAUGGCCAUCAGAGAAAAAGUCUUCAACACCAUCAUCCGCUGCUUUAAACGACAUGGAGCCGAGACCAUCGACACACCUGUUUUUGAACUAAAGGUAGAGUUUGACUUAAUGUCCUGGGAGGACGUGAAGAAAGAGAUGGUGAAUGAGAAGGGCCUGUCAGAGGAGGCUGCCGACCAGAUUGGGGAGUACGUCAGCAUGCAGGGUGGGAUGGACCUGGCUGAGCGCCUCCUUCAGGACCAUAAAAUGUCUCAGAGUAAGCAGGCCUGCGCUGGCCUCUCAGACAUCAAACUGCUCUUCAAGUACCUACAGCUCUUCCACGUCACAGACAAGGUGGUGUUUGACCUUAGUCUGGCCCGGGGUCUGGACUAUUACACUGGAGUGAUCUAUGAAGCCGUGCUAACUCAGGCAAGCGCAGUCUCAGACGCUAAUGAAGCCCAAAACGGCGCAAAUGCAGAAGAGAGUGUGAGCGUGGGCAGCGUGGCGGGAGGGGGCCGAUACGAUGGCCUGGUGGGCAUGUUCGACCCCAAGGGGAGGAGAGUCCCCUGUGUGGGUGUCAGCAUAGGUAUCGAAAGGAUCUUCUCCAUCAUGGAGCAGAAGGCUGAGGCCUCACCGGAGAAGGUGCGCACCACAGAAGUUCAGAUCAUGGUGGCAUCUGCUCAGAAGAACCUGCUGGAGGAGAGACUGCAACUCGUCUCUGAGCUCUGGAAUGCUGGCAUCAAGGCUGAGGUGAUGUACAAAAAGAACCCCAAACUGCUGAGUCAGCUGCAGUACUGUGAGGAAGCAGGCAUCCCCCUCGUGGCCAUACUGGGAGAACAGGAGCUGAAGGAUGGAGUGGUGAAGCUGCGUGUGGUGGCAACCAGAGAGGAGGUCGAUGUAUCCAGAGCAGAUCUCAUCAGUGAGGUCAAGAGGAGAACUGAGGCUUAGCCGCUUCCUGCUUGUUUAGCCAUAAACCAGCCGCUUUGUCUCCUGGGCUCUUCAGAACCGUGUACAGAACUCCUUCCCUGGUCCACUACACAACAAGUCGAACAAGAGCCUGCAAAGACACAGCAGCCACGUGGACUGGUGCUACACAGCAUGUGGUGCUCGUGAGCACAGCAGGAAGCUAACAGGGAACAUGUUUAAAUGAAUGAUGUUGCUUGUAAUGUGCUUUCGGGUGUGUAAAAGAUGCCUAACUCGUUGUCAUUGUUCACAUUGUUCAGUAGGGUCUCUGCUGAGGAGGUGGUCGAUGUAAAUCACACCAAAACAGUCAAUGCACUAUUUAAA